AUGCGCCAAAUCGGUUGCCAUCAGUUCUUUGGAUUGUCAGUGGUGGUGACCCCUCUCUCACGUUUUAUGAACGGAUUGUGCUCCCUGUUUCUCUAUGUGCAUGUACAUUCAUACGCCUUAUUCCAAACUGCAAAAACCUGGACGGAGGCACAGAGCUACUGCAGAAAGAACUGCAUCGACUUAGCAACCAUGGAGGACAUGAAAGACAUGAAUGUGGUUCUUAACUAUGUCGGAAACAGCUACAGUGAUGCCAUAUGGAUCGGGCUGUAUAAGGGGAACCACCCAAGGUUUAUCUGGUCUCUGGCAGACAAGGAUCUCUACAAGGCAGGAGAAAGGACUUACUUUAAAUGGGGAUCAAACACAGGCAACAACUGUGUCACUUUAAGAAACGGGAUAAUCUACACUACCUACUGUUAUUACGGCCUGAAUGCAGUCUGCUUUGAUCGUGAGUUAUUCCUCAAUCACUCCCCUUUUGGUUUUGUUUGGGGAGGUUGUUUUGGUGGCAGGCAGUAA